CACGCGCGGCUCCCCACCCUGGCCGGACACACAGCCCUUGCCCUCGGCCUUGGACUUUCUCAGCUGUGCACUUUCCCCACGUCUAGAGACUUGGCGAUGGGGAAGCCCGAGAGCCCGGUAGGGAUGGUGGAGAUUGCCGGCUGGUCGGGACAGAAGCGCCCGGGCCUCCUGGAGGGGGGGCUGCUGCUGCUGCUGCUGCUGCUGAGUGUCGCCCUGGUGGCCCUGGGCCUCCUCUACGCCGCCCGCGGCGGAGGGAAGCAGCCCCCGUCCUUUCCUAGCCGGCUGUGCUUCUCAGAGGACGAGAAGACCCUUGUAAAACGAAAACCCCGAGCCCUCCAACGGCCCCAGGUGAUGGGUGAAAUCUGCACCACCCCUGGCUGCGUGAUAGCAGCCGCCAGGAUCCUCCGGAACAUGGACCCGUCCGGGGAACCGUGUGACGACUUCUACCAGUACGCGUGCGGAGGCUGGCUGCAGCAUCACGUGAUCCCCGAGACCAACUCCCGGUACAGCGUCUUUGACGUCCUUCGAGACGAGCUGGAGAUCAUCCUCAAAGGAGUGCUGGAGAAUUCCACCGCCAAGGACAGGCCAGCUGUGCAGAAAGCCAAGAUGCUGUACCGCUCCUGCAUGAACGAGAGCGUGAUAGAAAAACGAGACUCGCAGCCCCUGCUGAACAUCUUGGAUCUGAUGGGCGGCUGGCCGGUGGCCAUGGACAAGUGGAACGAGAGCGUAGGCCCCAAGUGGGAACUGGAGCAACAGCUGGCCCUGAUGAACGCGCAGUUCAACAGGCGCGUCCUCAUCGACCUGUUCAUCUGGAACGACGACCAGAACUCCAGCCGGCACAUCAUCUACAUAGACCAGCCCACCUUGGGCAUGCCGUCCCGAGAAUACUAUUUCGACGAAGGCAACAACCACAAGGUGCGGGAUGCAUACCUGCAGUUCAUGGUGUCGGUGGCCGCGAUGCUGCGGGCGGACAUGAACCUCCCCGAGAACGGCUACCUGGUGCGGGAGGACAUGGCGCAGGUGCUGGAGCUCGAGACGCAGCUGGCAAACGCCACGGCCCCGCAGGAGGAGAGGCAUGACGUCACCACUCUGUACCACAGGAUGGGCCUGGAGGAGCUCCAGAACAAGUUUGGCCUGAAGGGGUUUAACUGGACCCUCUUCAUACAAUCUGUGCUGUCCUCUGUCAAAAUCAAACUGCUGCCAGAUGAGGAAGUCGUGGUGUAUGGCAUCCCCUACCUCCGGAACCUUGAAGACAUCAUCGAUGUCUACUCAGCCAGGACCAUGCAGAACUACCUGGCCUGGCGCCUGGUGCUGGACCGCAUUAGUAGCCUGAGCCAGCGAUUCAAGGAUGCGCGAGCUAACUACCGUAAGGUGCUCUACGGCACGACCGUGGAGGAGGUGCGCUGGCGAGAAUGUGUCGGCUACGUCAACAGCAACAUGGAGAGCGCCGUGGGCUCCCUCUACGUCAGGGAGGCCUUUCCCAGAGACAGCAAGGAUGCGGUCAGAGAGCUCAUUGACAAGGUGCGGGCGGUGUUCGUGGAGACCCUGGAUGAGCUGGGCUGGAUGGACGAGGCAUCCAAGAAGAAGGCCCAGGAGAAGGCCAUGAGUAUCCGGGAGCAGAUCGGGUACCCAGACUACAUCCUGGAGGAGAGGAACAAGCACCUGGACGAGGAGUAUUCCAACCUGAACUUCUCGGAGGACCAGUACUUUGAAAAUGGUCUUCAGAACCUCAAGGCUGGUGCCCAGCGGAGCCUCAAGAAGCUUCGGGAGAAAGUGGACCAGAACCUCUGGAUCAUCGGGGCGGCCGUGGUUAAUGCAUUCUACUCCCCAAACCGAAACCAGAUAGUAUUCCCCGCUGGGAUCCUGCAGCCCCCCUUCUUCAGCAAGGAGCAGCCACAGGCCUUGAACUUCGGGGGCAUUGGGAUGGUGAUCGGGCAUGAGAUCACUCACGGCUUUGACGACAACGGCCGGAACUUCGACAAGAACGGCAACAUGCUCGAUUGGUGGACCAACUUCUCAGCACAGCACUUCCAGGAGCAGUCAGAGUGCAUGGUCCACCAGUACGGGAACUACUCCUGGGACCUGGCCGACCACCAAAACGUGAACGGGUUCAGCACCCUCGGGGAAAACAUCGCUGACAACGGAGGAGUGCGGCAGGCAUAUAAGGCUUACCUAAAGUGGAUGGCAGACGGUGGCAAGGACAAGCAGCUGCCAGGACUGGAACUGACCUACGACCAGCUUUUCUUCGUCAACUAUGCCCAGGUGUGGUGCGGGUCUUACCGGCCUGAGUUCGCCAUACAGUCUAUCAAGACCGACGUCCACAGCCCCCUGAAGUACAGGGUGCUGGGCUCGCUGCAGAACCUGGCGGCUUUCGCGGACGCCUUCCACUGUGCCCAGGGCACCCCCAUGCACCCGCGGGAGCGAUGCCGCGUCUGGUAG